AUGGGAGAGGCGCAGACCGAUUAUUCUCUCCAGUAUCGCGGUGUACCGUACGUGCCAGCUUCGCUUCCUCCAGAGCUGCCGUCGUCAUUGCAGUAUGAUUCCCUAACGCUGAGCGACUUCAGCCAACAACCACAUGGCUUCGGCGGCUCUGCCGGUGAAAAUUCCGGAUUAAACACACCCCAAAAUAUCGAUUUGGGCGACAGGGAAGACGAACCUCAACCACUUAGA